UCCACCCCUUUCUUAGGUCUGAGCCAUAGAAAUCAGGGCGAUGUUGGAAAAGUGGAUAUUAAAAGGGCCAGUCGUCUAACUGUAAGCAACCGGGAAACUUCAGCUACGGAGAAGAGGACCGGGGCAGACCACGAAACAAAGAGGCCUCGAGUUCCAGAAGCCAGAAUGGAGAGGAUGAAUGUCACUGAGAUCUACGAGGGUAUCGAGUUCCCUGGGCACUUACACAGCCAGGACUCCAUGCAGGCGGCCACUGAAUUCCAGUUUCAAGACACUGAUGUCCUCAUCGCCACCUAUCCCAAGUCAGGGACCACCUGGAUGCAAGAAAUCCUGACCCUCAUCUUCAGCAAGGGCAGCCUCGAGUUAGCCCAUACCAUCCCCAGCUGGGCCCGGGCCCCGUGGCUGGAACAUAUCUUCUUUAACGAAUUGAUGGCAAAAAUGAACCCAACCUUCCCUCGCAUCUUCUCCACCCACCUCCCCAGCCACAUCUUGGCUCCAGCCCUGAAGAAAUCCAAAGUCACAGUACUAUACGUAGCUAGGCACCCCAAGGAUGUCCUGGUUUCCUUUUAUCACUUCCACAAAAUAGCCAAAUUCCUGCCUGACCUUGGCAACUUUGAUGACUUUCUGGACCAGUUCCUGAAGGGCAAAGUGCAUUUCGGCUCCUGGUUUACCCACGUGCAAGGCUGGAUGGACCUCAGGGAGGAAGUGAACAUCAACCUGAUCACUUACGAGGACCUGUCCCGGGAGCCCCGGCGCACCAUCCAGCGACUAUGUGACAUCCUGGGCUGCCAGCUCCAGAGCCAAGAGGAGGACAUGAUCCUGAAGAACUGCACCUUCUCUGCCAUGAGUCAGAACUCCAUGGCCAACUACUCCCUGGUGUCCAACAAAAUCCUAGACCAAACCAAGGGCAAGUUCUUGAGGAAAGGUAAAAUAGGAGACUGGAGGGAGCACUUCUCCCCAGAACAGAAUAAGAAGUUCAACACCAUCUACCUGACCAAGAUGAAAGACUACAUCCUCCACUUCCCUUGGAGCUUGGAUUGAACCCUGGAAGCCCCUUGCGGAGGGUCAUCUGCCCCCUGCUCUUUUUCCCAGAUCUGACGGAAGCAGGAGAGCUGGCUACCAAAGUUUCCCCUUCUGUAUAGAUUUAGACAUUCAAUAGGAGUGGCAUUUAUAAAGUGCUUACUAUGUGCUCAACAUUGAGCUAAACAGUGGGGUAGACAGGGAUUAGGGAUUAGAAGCAUGGCCUAGUGGCAAGAGCACA